AAUAAACAACAAAACACACCCACAUACGUGCUGUCAUCGUGCUGUCAAACCGCCAGAAGCGAGAAUCCAUUUUUUCGCUUGCUGUCAAGCGCCAGCUAAACAAGAUUAAAAAAAAAAAGAAACGAAAGCAAACUCUCCAAAACUAAAAUCUGCAAACAAUUUGUGUGUGGCCAACGGAAUAGCGGGCGUACCGUGAGGGGAACAUCUGGCCAGCAUAUGUAAAACAAAACGGUGCAAUCGUGUGCAAAGUGACGCGCCAUAUUUGCUAAAUAAAUUUCAAACGUCUGUCCCACCGAAUCUCGCAAUCAGUCCAAAAAUCUCCAAGCCCUUUAAUCGAAAAAAUGGCCAUCAAAGGGUGUUGUUCCGUGGUCAAGUACCUGGUGGUGCUGGUGAAUCUACUGUUUUGGGUCGUCGGGUUUUUGAUCGUUUCGUUGGCCAUCUGGAUGCUGUCGGAUCCGACCUUCCUGAUAUCGAUGACCCAAAACGAAAAGAACUACACGAUUGGAUUGUACAUCUUCCUUACCGUCGGCGGGCUAAUGUUGAUUGUCGCCUUUCUCGGGUGCUGUGGCGCAUUUAAGGAAUCGCAGUGGAUGCUAACUUCGUUUUUCUGCUGUCUGUUGAUGGUGCUUGUUGCUGAGCUGGCGGCUGGCGCUUGGGCAUUCCAAAACUCUAGCAAACUCGACAAUGUGGUUCGUUCGGCGGUGAAGGAAGCAGUGCAAACACAGUACGGUGUUAUACCCACCCGUACAGCAACGCUAGAUGCUAUUCAGAAGCAUUACAAGUGCUGUGGUGCUGAAGGACCGAAUGACUGGCAAUCAAGUGCGUUCAACAACUUGGAACGUCCAACGCUCAGCGUGGAAAUCUCCAAUCAACCGCCGAGUUACAAAGUACCGGAAACCUGCUGCGUUGCCAACAUCACACCAGAACAGUGCAAACGAGCUACGCACAUGGAAUUUCUAGCAUCGAUGAAGACGAAAUCGGAUUUAUUCGUAGACGGUUGCAUGGAAAAAUUGGUAAAGGCGGUACAGGAAAACCUCAAGCUAAUCAGCUAUGUCGGUGCGGCAAUCGUCGGUAUCGAGCUGCUGACGCUGAUACUUUCCUUGCUGCUGUGCUGCGCAAUCCGUCGGAACGAUAAUUACAAGCAUUAAAGCAAAGAAAGUACACGGGUCGAUUGUAAAUGUCGAUAUACAAGCAUGCUUUUUAGUCUCAAUAUGCAUAUUUAUAUGUGUAUCCAUAUAUAUAUAUACAUUUAUUUACUUAACGAAUCUCUAGAACGUAGAUCUGAUAACAAUGGCCAUGACAAAGCUUUUAUAUUUUUGUUUUAUAAUGAUACGAAAUACUACUAAACGUUUUUUAUCCUUCUACGUUAAAAAAAAUAAUUAAUGCAUAAAACAAAUCAUAUUAAAUGUAAUUUUUAACACAUAAAAAUAGGCGCACAAAAUCCUGCUGCGUCGUUGAUAACACACGGUGUCCCCCUUCCCCCCCUUAAAGCCAAAUAUACAUCUCUAUAUUUGAUGUUCUUUAAAAAAACAAACAAAAGAAAAACAAACUACAUUUGAAAAAAAAAGAAGCGGCAAAUAUGCUCUUAUUUAUAUAAUUUACAACAUAUUAAAAACGAAAGCGAACGCCCCUUUAGUACGCACAUAUUCGUAAUGAGUGCAGCGCUGAAUGCAUAUACAUAUGAAAUAUAUAAAUAUUUUAUUUCUCCGCCGAGAGUCCGUAGCUAGUUACCGUUUGUACUUUAACGAACAAAAAAAAAACAAAACGCAAGUACAGUCUCGAUGCCCUUUUUUUGGGGUCGCGAAACACGUGCUAGAAAUACAAAAAUAAUAACUGAAGGUCACAAUAAGAAAACAAAAACAAACAAAAACAAAUCGCGUACAUAAAUGCAUUCUUCGUACAAAACAAAAACACACAAAAAAACCAGAUCAGGUUGUUCGAUAUCGGAAUAUACGGUAAAUGUCUAGAAAUGAUUGUGUUCUCUAAAGUUUAAGAAGAAAUAAAGUUUUAUUUUAUACUCAUUUAAA